AUGCAUGCUGGACAUCUACCUGUUAAUCCACAACAUCAUGGAGCCUUAUUCUUUUGGCAUUUUGCAAGCAAACAUAUUGGUGACAAGUCAAGAACAGUAAUUUGGCUUAACGGAGGUCCUGGUUGUAGUAGUCUGAUUGGAGCUUGGGCAGAAAUUGGUCCUUUUCGUUUUCAAGAUGAAAAUACAAUAGUCGAAAAUAAUGGAUCUUGGCAUAUGUUUGCUAAUCUAUUAUUCAUCGAUCAGCCUGUUGGUACUGGUUUUUCCUAUAUUGAUACGGAUUCGUUUAUUCAUGAACUCAAUCAAAUGUCCAAUCAAUUUCUCAGUUUUCUCGAUCGAUACAUCGAAAUUUUCCCAGAAUUACUUCAAGAUGAUAUUUAUUUAGCUGGUGAAUCUUAUGCUGGUCAACAUAUUCCGUAUAUUGCACAAGCAAUUCUUAAAAAACGAUCGGUACUAAAACUGCGCGGUCUUCUGAUUGGAAAUGGUUGGAUUGAUCCUGUGACUACUUAUGAAUCAUAUUUGCCUUUUGCUGUUGCAAACAAUUUAGUGGAAAAUAAUUCUGUACUCUAUAAUAAUAUUGCUAAUCAAGUUAAAAUAUGUCAACAAGCGCUUUCCAAUGAAGUACAUGUUUCUGACGAGGCAUGUGAACUUAUCCUGAAUCAAAUAAUGGCCUACGGUGCAAUGAAUAAUCAUUAUACGACAAAGGAAAAAGGUAGAUGCGUCAAUGUCUACGACGUACAAUUAGACGAUACAUGGCCUGAUUGUGGUAUGAAUUGGCCAUCGGAUAUCAAAUAUGUUACGCUCUAUUUGCAUCGACAAGAUGUUAAGUCACGUAUUCAUGUUAGUAGUAAGAAAUCAGGAUGGACAGAAUGUGCAGAUUCUGUUUUUCAAACAUUUCGAGCAUAUCAUUCUAUACCAUCGAUUAAAUUGUUGCCUGAUUUACUUCGACAAAUUCCAAUCGUACUUUACAGUGGUGAAUACGACUUGAUUUGUAAUCAUUGGGGGACCGAAAAAAUGAUGGAUACUAUGACUUGGAACAAUGGAACUGGAUUUGAUCUGGGAAAUGGAACGUUAGCUCCAUUAGAACCAUGGAUUGUAGAUGAUGAACCUGUCGGUCUUAUUCGAACUGCACGUAAUUUAACUUAUGUUUUGUUUUACAACGCUAGUCACAUGGUACCCUAUAACUAUGCACGUCGAUCACGCACUAUGCUACACCAAUUCAUACAAUUGAAUUUAUCUUCUAAUGCUGAUCAAACAACGAAAAACAAUACAGCCAAAAAGAUGAAUCAGACAACACAUCGUGCUGGUUUUAUCGCAGUUGCUUCGAUCAUUAUCAUUAUAGCUCUUGCUGGUCUUACUUGGUUUGUUAUAUGUAAGCAACAACAGAUUGGAAUGCCCACAUCGUUUAGUGGAACUCGUGCAUUGUGGUCACAUAAUCGCGAUUUUGAGUUACAGCAAUUGGUAGUGAAUUCACUUGUAGAUGAUGCAAAUGAAAAUUUUUAUGCAUCAGGUGACGAAACAUUCGUAUAA